AUGGAGAUGGGUAGCAGUAGCUUGCUGCCGAAUUCGAAUUUAGAGCCUAGAGCCGAUAUGGAAUUCGAUACUCACGAGGCAGCUUAUGAAUAUUACAAAGAAUACGCGAAAUCCGUGGGAUUUGGUACUGCCAAAUUGAGCAGCCGCCGCUCGAGGGCUUCCAGAGAAUUCAUCGACGCCAAAUUUUCUUGCAUUAGGUAUGGAAACAAACAGCAAUCUGACGACGCCAUUAAUCCGAGGCCUUCCCCUAAAAUCGGCUGUAAGGCCAGCAUGCACGUCAAGCGAAAACCCGAGGGUAAAUGGUACAUCCACAGUUUUACGAGAGAACACAACCACGAGCUUUUACCGGCUCAGGCCCAUUUCUUCAGAAGCCAUAGGGUUUCUUCUGAUUCUCUCCUCGGUGAUGCCAGGAUCAAGAAAAAGAAAUCCGUGGGCCCAAGAAAUUACGGUGCCUAUCAGUUCUCGGGUUCUUGCUUGGAGAAUGUGAUCAGGAACCAGCAUGAUAGGGGCCGUUUUUUGAGUCUAGAGGAAGGUGGGGCCCAGCUCGUGCUAGAGUUCUGCUCCCAAAUGCACGAGGAGAACCCGAAAUUCUUUUACGCUUUGGAUUUCAACGAGGAGCAUCGGCUGAGGAACGUUUUCUGGGCCGAUCCCAAAGGUGUCGAGGAUUUUGCGUACUUUAACGAUGUGGUCUCUUUCGACACGACUUAUUUCUCUAGCAAGUUUAGAAUUCCUUUGGUUCUCUUUAUUGGGGUCAAUCAUCAUAUGCAGCCCACGCUGUUAGGAUGUGGGCUAGUUGCGGACGAUACUUUAUAUACAUUAACAUGGUUAUUGCAAUCUUGGAGUUUGGCAAUGGGGGGACGAAACCCGAAAGUGCUGUUGACCGAUCAAAGUGAUUCCGUAAAAUCCGCAAUCCAAUUGGUUCUUCCGGAAACUCGUCAAUUUUACCAUUUAUGGCAUGUUCUUGAAAAUAUACCUAAGCGCCUGCAUUGCAUUAGCGUCUGGCAUGAGGCCUUCAUGGAGAAACUUAACAAAUGUAUAUACAGAUCGUGGGACGAGCAGAAGUUUGAGAAAAGAUGGUGGAAAUUGGUCGAGAGGUUCAAUCUUCAAGAAAACGAGUGGGUUCUAGCUCUGUAUGCUGACCGGAAGCUUUGGGUACCCUCGUUUAUGAAGGAUGUGUGUUAUGCUGGGUUGUGUGCAGCUUCAAGAUCCGGAAGCUUGAACACUUUCUUCGACAGGUACAUCAAUGGGGAAACCUCACUGAAAGAUUUUAUUGGGAAAUAUAAAACGAUCCUCGAAGACAGAUAUGAAGAGGAGGCCAAAGCAAAUUUCGAUGCUUGGCACGAGACGCCGGAGCUGAAAUCGCCUUCACCGUUCGAGAAACAAAUAUUACUCGUUUACACUCACGGAAUAUUCAAGAAGUUUCAGAUGGAGGUUCUUGGGGCAGCAGCUUGCCAUCUGAAAAGAGAGAAGGAAGAUGGCUCGACUGUAUCGUACAUAGUUAAAGAUUUCGAGCAAAAUCAAGAAUUUAUGGUGGAAAUGGAGUGGGAUGAAUCGAAAUCAUCAGAUAUUUACUGUUCGUGCCGUUCGUUUCAGUACAAGGGCUAUCUUUGCAGGCACAGCAUCGUGGUCCUCCAAAUGUCGGGCAUUUUUAGCAUACCGUUUAAAUAUAUAAUGCAAAGGUGGACAAAUGCCGCCACUAGCAAAAUCCCCAUGAGCGAGAAGUUGGAAGAAGUUCAAGCCAAGGUGAGACGUUAUAACGACCUUUGUAGACGGGCUAUAAUAUUGGGUGAAGAGGGCUCGUUAUCACAAGAAAGUUACAAUACUGCAGUUGGUGCCAUAAGUGAAGCUCUGAAACAGUGUGCUAAUGUGAAUAAGCCUUUAGAAAACGAGUCAAGAUCCGAAAUAUCUGGGCCGAUGACAACAAUCCAUGGUUCACCAGUGGUUGAUCAUAAUGCGGUUAUUGGAUCUGAACAGCAGUGGCAAAUGUGUACAUACACAAAUGAAACUCCUAAAAGAACGAGUUCUGGGAAGGAGCUAGCAAUCAAUGGUGGAAUAACAAAUAAAAAGGGAAAGCUGCCAUUAGAGCCACAAACUGCUACUUUAGGGAGCCAAGGCAUCUUUCAGCACAUCGAUAUGCCUGGACCCACUGGUUACCCACCAUUAUAUCCGAGAUUCCUCACGACGUUGUUAAAAGGUGGUGAGAUGUCCAAAAGAGGGGUAGAGAUGCUUGGUGAAAUGUUGGAGGAACAAACCUGA